CGCAGAGGAGGGAGAUCUGAGCGGCCGCUGCGAGCUGCCGGUUAGCUGAGCAGCGAAGAGGCCAUGGACGACCUGGGGGAAAACACCACUGUGCUGUCCACCCUGAGGUCUUUUAACAACUUCAUUUCUCAGCGGGUGGAGGCAGGAUCUGGACUGGAUGCUUCUAACUCCGUGCAGGGUUCUCUGCAGAUGCAGUACCAGCAGAGCAUGCAGCUGGAGGAACGAGCAGAACGGAUCCGUUCCCAGUCCCAGGUGGUCCAGGUGGAGCGGGAGAAGAUGCAGAUGGAGCUGAGCCACAAGAGAGCACGAGUGGAGCUGGAGCGGGCGGCUGUCACCAGCGCCAGGCGCUAUGAGCGCGAGGUGGAACGGAACCAGGAGCUCCUGACGCGCAUCCGGCAGCUGCAGGAGCGUGAGGCCGAGGCGGAGGAGAAGAUGAAGGAGCAGCUGGAGCGCCACAGGCUGUGCAAGCAGAGCCUGGAUGCCGCUGGCCAGAAGCUUCGGGAGAAGGAGGAUGGCCUGGCUGCGGCCGGCGAGACCAUCAGUGCCCUGAAGGGGAAGAUCUCGGAGCUGCAGUGGAGUAUGAUGAACCAGGAGAUGCAGGUGAAGAGCCUGGAGUCCGAGAAGCAGGAGCUCCAGGAGCAGCUGGCCUUGCAGCGCAAGAAAUGUCAGGAGGCUAACGAGAAGGUUCAGGAGCUUCAGGCCUGCCAGGAAGCGAGGGCCGACCAGGAGCAGAGGAUCAGGGAUUUGGAACAGAAGCUGUCCCUGCAGGAGCAGGAUGCUGCGGUUGUGAAGAACAUGAAGUCAGAGCUAGUGCGGCUGCCCAGAAUGGAGCGGGAGCUGAAGCAGCUGCGGGAGGAGAGUGCCUGCCUGCGGGAGCUGCGGGAGACCAACGGGCUGCUCAGGGAGGAGCUGGAGGGCCUGCGGCGCCGGCUGGGGCGCCAGGAGGAGAUGCAGGAGAGCCUGGCCGUCCUGGAGCUGGAGAAGGAGAGGCUGCUGGCGAAGCUGCAGAGCUGGGAGCGGCUGGAGGAGACCACGGGCUUGAGCAUCAGGACCCCGGAAGACCUUUCCAGGUUCGUUGUUGACCUGCAGCAGCGAGAGCUCGCCUUGCAGGAUAGGAACAACGCCCUCACCAGCAGCGCCCGUGGGCUGGAGAAGGUCCGGCAGCAGCUCCAGGAUGAGGUCCGCCAGGCCAGCAGCCAGCUGCUGGCAGAAAGGAGGCGGCGGGAGACGCAGGAGGCCCUGGCUCGGAGGCUCCAGAAGCGGGUCCUGCUGCUGACAAAGGAGAGGGACGGCAUGCGCGCCAUCCUGGGGUCCUACGACAGCGAGCUGACCGCAGCUGAGUACUCACCCCAGCUGAGCCGGCGAAUGCGCGAGGCCGAGGACAUGGUGCAGAAGGUGCACGCGCACAGCUCGGAGGUGGAGGCUCAGCUGUCACAGGCCCUGGAGGAGCUGGGAGGCCAGAAGCAGAGAGCAGACAUGCUGGAGAUGGAGGUAAAGAUGCUGCAGUGUCAGUCCAGUGCCGCCGAGCAGAGCUGCCCGCUGUCCAGGGAGGAAGUGAGCUCGCUCAGGUUGAAGGUUGAGGAACUGGAGGGGGAACGCAGCUGCCUGGAGAAAGAGAAGAAGACGCUGGAGAUGCAGCUGGAGCGGCUGACCCUGCAGGGCAGCUACGACCAGAGCAGAACCAAAGUGCUACACAUGAGCAUGAACCCAGCCAGCGCGGCGAGGCAGCGGCUGCGCGAGGACCAGGCCCAGCUGCAGGAGGAGUGCGAGCGGCUGCGGGAGCUCGUGCGCGCCCUGGAGCGGGGUGGCCCCGUCCCCGCCGACCUGGAGGCCGCCGCGGGUCUGCCCUCACCCAAGGAGGUGGCAGUCAUGGCAUUUGUGGAUAGCGACUGCUUUAUAUUUUCCUGUAAAACUUGCGAGCCCGCAUUUCGUGUCCUUGCCUUAGUCCCGGGCCAGCGCUCUCGGCGGAGUCGUGAGCUGAGGAAGCAGGUGGAGAGCGCCGAGCUGAGAAACCAGAGGCUGAAGGAAGUCUUUCACACAAAGAUCCAGGAGUUCCGGAAAGUGUGCUAUGCGCUCACAGGCUACCAGAUAGACGUCACCACGGAGAGCCAAUACCGGCUGACGUCCAUGUAUGCCGAGCACAAGGCCGACUGCCUCAUCUUCAAGGCCACGGGACCUUCGGGCGCCAAGAUGCAGCUGCUGGAGACGGCGUUCUCAGGCACCGUGCGGGAGCUCAUCGAGCUGCACCUGCUGCGCCAGGACAGCAUCCCUGCCUUCCUCAGCGCCCUCACGCUUGAUCUCUUCAGCCGCCAGACCAUGGCCUAGCCAGCCUGCCCGCAUGCCAGCCAGGUGGGCCCCCUGCCUCGCCCACAUCUGUAGCCGCAGGACUGAGCUGCUCUGCAAGGAAGGGGCUCCAUCCUCCUUCCCCGGGAUGUCUGGUCUGUUUGGGGGUCAGGGGGCAGCGCUAUGUGCGCCCACUUCCGGCCCCCUCCCCAGUGUGUACCCCCACCCACACACCGCUCAGACCCAGCGAGGUCACCACUCCGUGUGAAAUAAAGUGUACUCUUUGGCCACCCUGCCAGCUUA